AAUUUAAAUAUAAAUAAAGGCAGUAUCAAGUCUCAACUAUUUAACAAAAUCUCCAAAACUUGAAACAUCAAAACUAGGUAACAAACCAAGAAGUCCAAAAAAGAAAGGGUACAUUAAUGCAACGUGGCUUAAACAGUAGCAACAGAUGGCUUAGAAGUAAUAGAGAGUUUGGACCUCUUCUUGGCCACACUCUGAGUGCGCCUCUCCCUUUGCUCCUUCAGCCUACUGGCAAGCAACUUCUUGUAUUCCUGAGCCUCUGUCUUAGCCUUGGCAAUCCUAAGCUUCUUCUGAGCAAUUCUGGCCCUCUUCCUCUGGAGGGUCAACAGAGUUAUCAGCCUCUGUAUUUUAGGAGCUUUGCUAACCUCCUUUCCCUUUUCAUUAGUAAAUGUCCUGCGGUAUGUGUUGACAUACUUCCUGACAUCAUCUUCCUUGGACAGGUUGAAGAUUGAGCUUCCUAAUCUUUGACGCUCUUUUAGGACCCCUCAUCCUUGACUUCUCAACAUCAGUCAAUCCAGGAAGGUCAUUUUCACCCUUCUUCACAAUGGCCAAAUUCAGAACUGAGAGGUAAGGAUUGACAAUGCACCCACGUACUGAUUUUCUUCUCCUCUCACCAUCACGCCUUCCAUAACCCCGGAAACAAGGAGUACCUCUAGGCAGUAAAAGGCGAACACGGGUUGGAGUCAAGCAGUGGCGGAUCUUGAACCAAAAUAUGGGGUGUUCAAAAUUAUUUUAUCUAUUGCACAAUAAUAUUGUUUAAUCUACCAAUUGAGGAAUGUAACUUUUCAAUCAUCAAAAUCCCAACAAAUAAGGUUAAGAGCAAGAAAUAUUACAUAAAAACAAUAUAUAAAUUAUUACAUCAAUUUUAUAUAUGUAUUUUAACAUUUUAUUUUCAAAAAUUUGGGUGUUCACAUGAACACCCUUGAACCAAAGAGGUCCGCCCCUGGAGUCAAGACUCCUUGCUUCAUGGAAAUCCUUGUUUGUCACAUCCACCCAUGAUCUUGAAUACAUAUCCCUUAAACUCCUCUCCCAAAGCAUCACCAUUGACUUCUUGAGAGAUUCUCUUGUCAUAAAAGGCACGAAGUUUCUGUUCAUCAUCAAUCUCUAGCUUCUUCUGGCAACCCGUAGUCGGGUUUGCAAUGUUGAACUUCAUCCUCGCUCCCUGGAAAAGAGGAACUCGUGAGAAUGUUCUUAUGGUCUUUUGAUUACAGUGAAUUUUAUUGUAGAAUAUACUCUUCUAACACUAUUUGUCAUAUACUCC